AUAGCUUUCUUUCAUUGCUUUCGUUUGGUUGGUUACUCAAAGGGUAGUAACGGGUAGUAAUACGUACUUUCGUCUAGUAUUCAUCGGUCUAUCUUCUCGUUUGUAGCGGAUUACUCUUGGUUGGUUUGUACGCUUCACUUUUCUGUUUCAUUUCUCGACUGCGGCGUUUGUGCCCGAUGUGCCGGCGUCUUGGCGGCAAAUAAGAAGUGUAAUCUCAAAUAUUCCAAUUCCGUUGACGAUCAGGUAAUCCUGGGAUGCCCGACACCUUAAUUCAAUACUCCGAAAAAUACUAUGACGACAACUACGAGUACAGGCACGUAAUCCUUCCACCAGAACUGGCCCAGUCGGUUCCCAAGACACACCUCAUGACCGAGACGGAAUGGCGCAACCUUGGCGUGCAGCAGUCUUUGGGCUGGGAGCACUACAUGGUCCACAGUCCAGAGCCACACAUUCUUUUGUUCAGGAGGUCCUUACAGAAAGGUGUCCAGUAGACCACUUCAGCAGACCCCAUACGAUACUCCUUGUACAGCGGUAUAAACGGCUCUGGUUGCCGGUGGCGGGAAUUCAGGCCACUGCCGCCACAAGACAACCGGAUCUGUAAGCACCUUUCGGUUGCCACGGGAAUGUUUCACACAGCUGAAAAAAUGUCAUUGUAAUUCCACAUGUUCCUUCAUUAAACAUACAAUUUGCUAAA